CUGGAUCCUGAGGUAGACAUGUUUGGUGAACUUCGAGAACACCUGGCACACAUGAAGCAACAGCGACUUUCUGAAUGGGAAAAAAAGGAGAAGUCUCGGGCUUUCGUGGCUUUUCGACACGUUGCAAACUAUGUAGUCAGCCGGAGCAAAAUCCUCGUGUCAACAAACAACAACAUGGCAUCAUCCUUUUGUGCCCAGAACUUCGGUCAAGAGGCCAAGGCGAUCAUCCUCAUCCGCGAUGAAGACCCGAAAGAACUCGAGGUGAACGGAAUCAUUCCCUUGACGAAAUGUGGGUUUUCGGACAAGAUCAAGGGAAUCGUACUUGCUGGUGACAUCGCCCAGCUCAAGCCAACGGUGAUC